AUGGCUCGCCUUUUUCUUACUGUAUUCAUCAGCAUUUUCGUCGUUCUUUCUGGUUUCAUUGACGCUCGUCCUCCCGUACAACAUCAAUUAUCCGAUGUCAAGAAAUAUUCCGGCAAUGCAACAUACUACGAUCCUAGUAGGGGUGCUUGCGGCUUUUUGAGCAAUGGCGACGAGCUCGUUUGUGCCAUUGCUGAUUCGCUCUAUGACACUCAGACGAUUGAUGGCAAUCCGAAUAACAAUAAAUUCUGUCAAAAACAGAUCUCAGUGACAGGUCCUAAGGGUACUGUUAUUGUAACAGUUGUUGAUCGAUGUGGAAGUUGCAAGGAUGUUGAUCUUGAUUUAAGUCGACCAGCGUUUAAUAAAAUUGGUGAUCCGAUCAACGGACGUGUUCCUGUGACAUGGUAUUUUAUUUGA